AUGUCGUUUCGGGGUGGACGCGGUGGCUUCCGCGGAGGACGUGGGGGCGGUCGUGGUGGUAGCUUCGGUGGUCGUGGUGGUGGUCGUGGUGGUUUUCGUGAACCUGAAGGCCCUCCUGCUUUUGUUGUUGAGUUGGGUUCAUUCAUGCACGCGUGCGAGAACGAGAUGGUGUACAAGAGCACGAACGAUAAAGUGCCAUACUUCAACGCUGGUGCUUUCUUGGAAAACAAGACGCGCAUUGGCAAAGUGGACGAGAUCCUCGGCUCGAUCAACGAGGUCAUGUUUACAGUCAAGCCCGACUCGGGCGUGUCAGCGACGUCGUUCCAGAAUGGAGACAAGGUGUUCAUUAGCCCGGACAAACUACUUCCAUUAAGUCGAUUUACUGAAAAGUCAAGCUCAAAGUCAGCAGGUGCUGGACGGGGCGGUGGUCGUGGAGGGGGACGUGGUGGACGAGGUGGCGGUCGCAGCGCAGGUCGUGGCGGCUUUGCCAGUCGUGGUGGUGGUCGUGGUGGAUUCGGUGGACGAGGUGGUGGAUUUAGUGGACGGGGCGGUGGUUUUGGUGGACGUGGUGGAGGUCGUAGCGGCGGGCGAGGCUUUGGAGGCGGUCGUGGGCGCUUUUAG